AUGAGGGGAAACUUUGAUUCUGUUUCUGGUGCCGAAAAUUCACAUUCCUCUUUGUCACCUCAUCUUACUCAAGUUCCUUUCAACCAAACCAUCACAAAUAGGUAUACUACUAUUAUUCCUACCAAUACACAGUUCCAAUAUGACACUGAAUGUGUCAAACGUUCCAUGGAUUCAAAAAUCAAUCGGAAUUAUGUAUCUCAUCCUCCUAAUUUUCUCGAUAGUCAGCGUGAAGUUUUGAGUCCUACACCUCUUAGUGUUGUUUAUCCACACCAAGAUUUUGAUGAUCUUCGUCAUUCAGAUAUGGUUUCCAUGCCAUCAAAAGGUAAUCAUAUUCCUCAAGAUAGUCGAUUUAUGAAGAAAAUUCUCAAACCAAAAAUUACUUAUUAUGUUGAUUCUGAUGAAGAUGAGAAAAGUGAUGAUGAUCAAUAUGAUGGUCGUACGCAUAGUAUAUCGUCUAAGAAAUAUGGUCCAUAUACAUGUCCUAAGUGCAAUAAUGUGUUUGACACUUCUCAAAAAUUUGCUGCACAUAUGUUAUCUCACUACAAGAGUGAGAACAUCGAAGAAAAAGCUCGGAGACUUCGUGCAAGAAAUAAAAACAGAUAUUGUAAGCUCACGACGAGUCUUAAAAGAUCAAAAUAG